CUCCUUCUUCAACUAGGUUGCAAAAAGCAAAACAGAAUUGAAACAGUCAAAUCGAGUCUUCUCUGCUCACUGUAACUUUCCAAACUGACAAUUGAGAAUCGGAGAUCGGAUUUCCUAAUUUGAAAUCUGUUGUAAUCUGCUUCGACUUUUUUCCUAAAAACAAUAUUUUUAUGCUUCUUCUCACGAAAUUUCCAUACCUAUUUAAAGCCUAUGAAAAUUUUGAUUUUCUGAAACCUAAUUAAAGGCAGUGUAGCAUAGUUCUUGCUUAUACGAGAUGGAGGCGACCGGAUACGUUGAGGUUGAAGAAAUAUCGAACAUUGAUGCAUCGGUAGGGGCGGUGGAGAAUCUCCUCGGUUAUUGUUUCAAGCAGAAGAAGCUUCUGGAAGAGGCCUUGACUCACUCCUCCUGUUCCGACUCCGCCUCCUAUCAGCGCCUCGAGUUCCUCGGCGACGCCGCUCUUGGUUUGGCCGUCUCCAAUUUCGUUUACCUCCGCUAUCCCGGCCUCGAUCCCGGGAGGCUCUCGCUCCUGCGCGCCGCCAACCUCAGCACCGAGAAGCUUGCGCGCGUCGCCGUCCGCCACCGCCUCUAUACAUACGUACGCUACAACGUUGCUGUCCUUGAAGAAAAGGUUAAUGAUUUUGUAAAGGCAGUACAAGAGGAGGGGGAAUUAGAGAUAUAUGGGGGAUUGGUCAAAGCCCCGAAAAUUCUUGCGGAUAUUGUGGAGUCAGUGGCAGCUGCUUUGUAUGUUGAUUGCAAUUUUGAUUUACAUACUACAUGGAAGAUCUUUAGACAUCUUCUGGAACCCAUUGUAAUGCUAAAUGAUUUGGAGCAGCAACCACAACCUGUAACUAUGCUCUUUCAGUUAUGCCAAAAGGAUGGAAACCUGGUUGAUAUAAGUUACAGGAGGAAAGGAGAGAGAACAUUUGCUACUGUUACCGUCAAUGGGGAGUGUAUUGCCUCUGCUUCUUCCGAGCAAAGAGAAAUGGCAAAGCUCCUUGCUGCGAAGGCUGCUGUUGAAAAGCUGUCUCAUAAAUCUUGCAACCCAUUGAAGGAUACCAUAUUCAACCAACUCAAUAUGGAUGGUGAAAUUGAAGAAGCAAAACAGAAGCUGUAUGAGGUGUGUGGCAAGAAGAAAUGGCCGAAACCAAACUACAAAAUCCUUAAAGAAGGCGGCGUUGCUCAUCAGAAGAUAUUUACAUGCUCGGUUGAAAUUGAAAUAUCAAAAGGUAUACUUGUGAGGGAGGGGAAAGAGAAGCCAAGAGUGAGAGAGGCAGAGAACUCAGCAGCUUCAGUAAUGCUCUUCGGUCUUAGAAACUCAAACUAUGUAUGAUUAUGUCCUAAACCUAGGAUAGGUGUAUUUAGUGAAACAGCUCACCACGAUAGGGAUUAUAGUUGUUGCACUAUCAAAUUCUUUAGAAUCAAGAAUUUGACAAAGCCAUGGAAAUACUUUAUUCUCAAGAAUUUGACAAGGCAAUGAGGAUAUUUUAUUUUUUA